AUGUCCGAAAAUGCAUCAAAAGUGCUGCAACAAAAAUCGGGUGGCCAGGAAACUUUGCCCCGACGUCUCUCGGACAAAUUUAAUGAUAAAAGGCCUAUCGAAACCGGCCCUAUUCUUAUGCUUUCCGCUCUUUCUUCCAGUCUUCUACCGAACAAGCGCUUAUCGGCAACUGAAAAUCAAGCGUGUGGUCGCGACCUCGGGGAAUGGACGCGCUUCGGCUCAUCAGACUCUGGCACAUCUUGCAGUGACCGUGCAUGGCUGCGAUGUGGAGCGAGGUCAAGCUGUUUUUCCCGCGAUUGUCGACCCGUGGUCUCCAGUGGCCUCCAGGCACCAUGCCAGAAGGGCCGUGUGAAAGUCCUCACCGCCAUAUAUUUCCCCCUCCUCCCUCGGUACUAA